CUCUCUUUUAUCCCUUUCCUCAGCCAGUUCCCAAUCUCUCCUCCAUUAAUUCUCUGCAACAUUCCUUUUCUCCAUCUAGUUUCUCUCAUGGGAGAUCAUUCUCAUCAUCAUACACGUUCGCUGUCCACAGACCUUUACGGCAUUCUUGGCAUCUCAUCAAAGGGUUCAUCGAUUAAAGAUAUGUGCAAGGCAUAUAAAUCUCUUGUCCACAAAUGGUAUCCUGAUCAUAGAAGUCCUUCGAGCAAAAGUGAAGAGCAAGGCAAUUUUAAAGAUAUUGACGAGGCUUACAAGACCAUCAAUAGCAAGAAGCAAGAAGAGGGAUUCGGAGGUAGCGAUAGACCUUCAACAAGAGAGAAACUUAACAACCUAAGCGUGGAUGAUAGCUUCAUUUCACGCCGCUCUUCUUUUCUUUCAAAGAGUACGAGUAGAAGGAGCACCACGCCUUCACCUAGACCAACCUACCUGUCCAAGAGUUCAAGCCGGAGGGGCAGCCCUUCUAGGACUUUGAAUUUCUCUCUGUCGAGAACCUUUAGUCGAAGGAGCAGAGCAGAUGCUGAGACAUCCACCAAUUUGUCAGGAAGCGUCGGUGGGCAUUCACCUUCCCCUCUUUCGAGAAGCAUGAGUAGAAAGUGUACAUCAGAAACUGAAAUGCGAAACAUUUCAAGAAGUACAAGCAGGAGGAGUACCACUCCUAUCAUAUUCUCUCAAACCGUUGCUCGGAGGAAACCUCCCCCAGUUGAAAAAAUGCUUGAGUGCACCCUGGAGGAGCUCUGCCAUGGAGGGCUAAAAAAGAUCAAGGUCAUCAGGGAUGUCAUCUCUGAUGAAGGAAUAAUUGUCCAAGAAGAGGAGACACUAACAAUAAACUUGAAGCCAGGAUGGAGAAAAGGAACAAAAGUUACAUUCGAGGGAAAAGGCGAUGAGAAACCAGGCUAUCUCCCAGCAGAUAUCAUAUUCUUGAUACAAGAGAAGGGUCAUCCUUUGUUUACGAGGCAAGGCGAUGAUUUAGAGAUUGCCGUCGAGAUCCCUUUGGUAAAGGCUCUCACAGGUUGCUCCCUUAUAGUUCCUCUGUUAGGAGGGGAAACCAUGAGCAUACAUUUGAACGAUAUCAUAUAUCCAGGAUACGAAAAGGUAAUUCAGGGCCAAGGCAUGCCCAAUGCCAAAGGAGGAAAGCGAGGUGACUUAAGAAUCACAUUUCUUGUCAAUUUCCCCACAGAAUUGUCCCAUCAACAACGCUCUGAAGCAUGUAGUAUAUUGGAAGAUUGUUCCUGACUGAUCAUUAGAUGAUCCCCUGCUUAUGCAUUGUAACCUUUUACAGGAUGCAAAUUAUUUUUC